UGUCCUAAUCCUCGUUGUGCUACGCGCAGUGACUUCCUCUAUCAGUACUCUUUUUCCCAGAGUGCUGCUCGGGGUGGCAUGGCGGACAGCGAUGACUGCGGAGUUUGACGAAGAAGUGGUAUUUGAGAAUUCACCACUCUUCCAGUACUUGCAGGAUUUGGGGCAAACAGAUUUUGAGAUAUGUCCUCUAUCAAAGGAAGAGGAACAUCUGGCAGGGAAUGGCCAUGGAGAACAGGAUGUCCAUACCACAGAAAAGAAAAGCAACAUUUCAAGGACAGUUGAAUUUUUAAAAAGUUGGAGUCCACUUUUUUCAAAAAAGAAAAGAGAUGAAAAAAUCUGCUUACUGGAAAAUGGGUUCCGACUUGAAAGCCUGCGCACCAUCCUACAGCAGGAAGUCCUGAUACAGGAGGAUGUGGAGCUGAUUGAGUUGCUUGACCCGGGGAUCCUGUCUGCUGGACAGACCCAGAAUCAACAGAAUGGCCAUCUUCCUACACUCUGGUCCAUAGCAACACCAAAUAUUUGGGAAAUGUCCGUAUUAUUUGCUUUUCUUAGUGCACUGGCUGCCUUGCAGUCCUGGUCCAUUUCUUCGUCACUCGUAUGGGGGCCAAGCCUCAUCCUCUUUGCUGCCUUUACUGUCUUGAGAGCUCUCCAUACUUGGCGCUCGGCUACACUGCGGAUGAUCCUGAGAAAAUACUGCAACCAAGUGGAAGGAACAGUACUGAAUAGCCGAGCCUUCACUAACCUUGUGAGAAAGGCACUGCGCCUCAUUCAGGAAACAGAAGUUAUUUCUCGAGGAUUCACGCUGGUCAGUGCUGCUUGUCCAUAUGGUAAAGCUGGGCAACAUGCCAGUCAGCACCUCCUCGGCUUACGCAAAGCAGUCUACCGGACCGUCAGAACCAACUUUAGAAUUUCUAGGCUUGCUACCCUGUACAUGCUGAAACAUUAUCCCCUAAACUCUGAGAUAGAUAAUGUCACUAAUUACAUCUGUGUCGUUCCUCUGAAAGACCUGGGUUUGGGAUUGUGUGAGGAGCAUGUGUCUGAGGAGGAAGCCCAUAAUUUAACAGAUGCUUUCAGUCUUCCUGCUUUAAAGGUCCUGUUUCAGCUUUGGAUAGGGCAGAGUUCGGAAUUUUUUCGUCGUUUAGCUCUGCUGCUUUCUCCCGAAAAUGCAGCUCAGGGCCAUUUAGCUAGCCCAGAGCAGCUUCCUCACCUCAUUUGGUCUGAUGUGGUACAGGAUCUACCUCAUACUCAAGCUGCAUGCUUGGCUGAACUGAAGCGCAGCUACGAGUUUUAUCGCUACUUUGAAACACAGCACCAAUCUGGCUUUGAACGCACUGCCAAGAGGAAGAAGGAGGUUGGUGAGCUGAGCAACCUUCAUGGAGCCGUACGCAGUUUGCAGCUUCACCUGAAGGCACUGCUUAAUGAGGUUAUUAUUCUGGAGGAUGAAUUAGAGAAACUUUCCUCCUGUAAGGAAAUGCAAGCAAUGACACAAGAAGCCUCCCUAAUGCUGGAAGAGAAGCUGAGGAUUAUUCAGCCCCAUGUGCAGGCCAGUAACACCUGCUGGGAAGAGGCCCUGUGCCAAGUAGGAAGAAUGGUUCGAAGGCCAGCUGCAAAGAAAGAUAUUGAAAAAUCUUCCUGUGAAAAUUUGAAUUUCCCUGUGGUGUCUAAUAUGCCUCCAGCACUGCGCAUCGAAGACAGAGAUCCUGUACCAGAAGAGCAGAUAUUGGAGGCUUAUGUGGAAGAGGCUGUGACAGACCAGGAAUUUAAUAGUGAAGAUAUAUACUUGUUUUCUCCAGAAGAAAGAGAAAGACAGAAGCGGGAGCGGGAGGAGUCUAAAAGAGUUCUGCAAGAACUAAAGGCUGUAUUAGGACUAAAGGCAUCUGAGGCAGAGAGGCAAAAGUGGAAGCAGCUGCUGUUUAGUGAACAUGCUGUAAUCCCACCUUUCUUGCCCGAAGAGCCAGUGGGACAUUUUGAACCACCCGACUCUGUAUAUCCUGAGGACCCCUGCAAAAAUCUGGGUUUCUAUGGAGAAUUCACAAGUGAGAUAAAUGGAACUGAACACGCUAAAGAUACACCUAAUCAAGGAGAUCUUCAAAUGAAUAUGAAUCAUGAGGAUGAGGCAAAAAUAUGCCCUUUGUCAGAGGAAGCUGAACCAGAAAGUGGUAAAGAUGAGAAUGAAAGUCCAUGCCCAGUGCCUAGAACUGUAUUACCACCGGCCAUUAAAGAGAGGCUUGCCCGAAUCCAUCAAACAUCAGAUCUGAAUUUUACCUCUGGACUGGCAGCACAAGUGGCUGCACGAUCUCUCACAUUCACUUUCUUGCAGGAGCAGACUUUUGGAGAUGAAUGGGAUGAUGAUGAUGAUGAUGAUAAUGAUAAUGAUGAUGAUAAUUAUGAUCAGGUUAAAAAUGUUGAGAGUCAUGAGAAAGAGAGGAAUAAUGUCAGUUUACAGCUUGAAGAGUAGAUUUCUCUAGUUACUAGAAAGAAAAAGUGUAAAGCCCACUUGUAUGGCAAAACAAGAUGAUGAUUUAGGUUAUCAGUUACAUGGGCAUAUGGUUACAUAACUGUAACGUAUCCUGCAGUGUCUGUGAACAAACCCACUUCCAAGCACCCAAGAGUUCCAUGCACAUGCAGUGUUGACAGAGGCCUUGUCAGCAUUACUGGCAGGCAGUGCAGUGUAGUGCAGUGCAGUCCCAGUGGAGCUAGAAGAAUGGCAACGAUCCCUGAUAUUGUUAUACAGAACUAGUACAAACACAUACAUCACUUCAAUGUUAUUUUAAUAUUUAAUUCUAUUUAUUCAAUUUUCUUUUUAUUCUAGAAUGUUAAUAUAAUGUCCUUUUCUGUGAUGUUUUGUUUUCUGUCAAGAAACAAACAGACCCUAUGGCUCAUUGGCUAACACAGGUACUAACUUAUACCAGUACAGUUCCGCAAAGGAACCAAUAAGCAACUAGUUUUGAUCAGUAAACUCUAAGUAAGAUCAGUGCAAGGAUCCAAUUUGUUGCAACGGGUAGCCGCGUUGUUGCAGUGUCAUGCCUGUGUUAGCUAGUUAGCCCAUAUGUUUUAGGAAUAUAGACAAAUGUUCUUUGCAUGGCACUAUGUGCCACUUUGCCUGUUCCUGUCCAGUGUGUACUGGCUAAUGAUGUUGCUCAUUUGUGACUAUAUUUCUUAUACUUACCAAGCUUAGAAUGUAAUUUUUUAAUAAAACCUACAACAUA